UCAGAAAUCUGAUCCUGUGAAAGAGACAGAGAGCAAAUGGGAGGGAGAGAGAGAGAGAGAGAGAGCUCUCAGUAGUUUGGAUAGGAGGCCCCUGGAGGAGAACCAGAGGAAAAACCACACAAUCCAGCUCUGUCAGUGGAGCUUGCAGCCUGCACAGGGGGAAGUGCUUGGGAAAUAAUUAAUGGUUUUGAUUAAAUUUGCAAGGAGUUUGGUGCAAGCAGUCGCCAUCAGCUCAGAUCCUGAGGAAAUCACAAGAUCAAUGCAGGCAACAGACAGUUUGUGACUCAAAGAGAGAGGUGUAAAUACAGUCUCCCAAGGAUGGAUGGAUUUCAUGAUCAGCAAGUGCCUUACAUGGUUCCCAAUAAUCAAAGUGGGACAAUCUGCCAUGAGAGAACCACGAAUAGCAGGAAAAGAAAGUUUUUAAAUAGAGACCUGGCUCAUGACUCAGAAGAGCUUUUCCAAGAUCUGAGUCAGUUGCAAGAGACGUGGCUUGCAGAAGCUCAAGUGCCGGACAACGAUGAGCAGUUUGUUCCAGACUACCAGGCUGAUAACUUGGCUUUUCAUGGUGUCCCGUUAAAAAUUAAGAAGGAACCCCACAGCCCCUGCUCUGAACUGAACACCGCAUGCAGUCAGGAACAACCAUUUAAGUUCAGCUAUGGAGAAAAGUGCCUGUACAAUGUCAGUGCCUAUGAUCACAAGCCACCAGUUGGAAUGAAGCCCUCUAACCCCCCAACCCCUUCAAGCACUCCAGUGUCCCCACUACAUCAUGCAUCGCCGAACACAGCACAGAAUCCUAAAGCAGAACAUCUCUUUCCUACACAUCUUCCACCAUCCCAGCCGAUUCCGGAUAGCACCUACACAAUGGACCACAGGUUUCGUCGGCAACUCUCAGAACCUUGUAAUUCGUUUCCACCGCUUCCUGCGUUGCCAAGGGAAGGACGACCUGUCUACCAACGACAAAUGUCCGAGCCAAGCAUCCAGUUCCCUCCUCAAGGAUUUAAACAAGAAUAUCAUGAUCCAGUGUAUGAACACAGCACUAUGGUGGGCAAUGCCCCCAACCAGAACUUCCCUCCACCUCUUAUGAUUAAGCAGGAACCUAGAGAUUUUGCUUAUGACUCAGAAGUGCCUAGCUGCCAUUCCAUUUUCAUGAGGCAAGAAGCUUUCCUGGCUCAUCCCAGCGGGGCCGAAGGUUGUAUGUUUGAGAAGGGUCCUCGACAGUUCUUUGAUGAUACGUGUGUGGUCCCAGAGAAAUUUGACGGUGAUAUUAAACAGGAACCGGGACUGUACCGCGAAGGACCGACCUAUCAGAGAAGAGGGUCACUCCAGCUAUGGCAGUUUUUAGUUGCAUUACUUGACGAUCCGGCCAACUCCCAUUUUAUUGCCUGGACGGGCCGAGGCAUGGAGUUCAAGCUCAUUGAGCCUGAGGAGGUGGCACGACGAUGGGGCAUACAGAAGAACCGACCUGCCAUGAACUACGAUAAGCUCAGUCGUUCACUGCGCUACUAUUAUGAGAAGGGAAUUAUGCAAAAGGUCGCCGGAGAGAGAUAUGUGUACAAAUUCGUAUGCGAUCCAGAAGCCCUCUUCUCUAUGGCCUUCCCAGACAAUCAACGGCCGCUGUUAAAAACAGACAUGGAGCGACACAUUAACGAAGAGGACACAGUACCACUGACUCAUUUUGAUGAAAAUAUUCCCUACAUGGCAGACGGAGGCUACUGUAACAGCCACCCAUACAAUGAAGGAUACGUUUACUAAUGGGAGUGGGAGGAAGACAUUUCUAUGAUGACGAUCAUUUCAACUUUUCUUCGCAAGACCCAAGAAAAGCAAAAUACACAUUUUUUUUAUAAAUAUAUAAAUAUAUAUAUAUUUAGUAAAUCAUAACUGGGCUUUUCCUGUUGCAUAUCUCCUAUGGUCUGCCAUGGACAAAGCACUUUACUUGAGGGACAGGGGAUAAAACUGAUACUAUGUAUGUAACAGGACAAUAACACAUGGAUAUAUAAUAUUCAUUUAUGCUCGGGAAGGGAACUUAAAGCUCACGGUACUUCAUUAAUAAGUCAUGAUUGUGUUUUUUUUCUUCAGUUUUAAGAUCUCAAGAUAUAUUGUACGUUAUUUCUGAAUACACAGGGUACAGUUAAUUUUCAUAAUAGAAAUGGAUAUAUAAAAAAAUAAACUUUCCUUUGGGAAUGUUUAUAUUUUUUUUUAUAUACUUUUUUCUUUUUGCCCUAAAAUGGUGCAUGCAUUUGCUGAUUCAAGGGCCACUGACUCUUGCAUACAAAUUGGGUGCACAAGUUGUUCAGGAAUGUGUGUGUGUGUGUGUGUGUGUAUAUAUAUAUAUAAUAUGAGGAAAGAAGCUCAUCUUAUCCAGGAAGGACACUCCAUAUUUGCAGACUUGGCGUAUUUUCACAUUUGCGUUGAAGGCUUUGUUCAGAGCCUCUGUCACAGAGUUUGUCAAAAAUAUCAGACAAAAGUCCUGAAGAUGUUCUCCAGAAUGGAAACUGAACAGAUCCCAUUAUAGUCAACGGGAUCAGUUCGAUUCUGUUUGUCAGUUAUGUGCCGAAUCCGGCAUUUCCGUUAUUUCCAUUCUUCUUCUCCCAACAGCGCAGAAGAACGGAAAAUAAUAGCUGUGAUAUGAUCGAGCCCCUAGGGUGGCCAAAGAAAUAGGAUGCCCAUCAGCGGAACAGCUAUCAUCCCUGACCCCAAAUCCACAUGCAAACUCGGCUUGGCCAAAUGUGCAUAUGUUCUGAAUGGGGAAGGGAAGUCAAGCCGCUAUCAGGCUACCUUCAGAGAAGUCUAUCUUCUCAAGAACAAUCAAUGAGAUGAGUUGAAAUACUAUCCAGCCCAGUCCUCGUCUGCCCCUUGACAUUUGCUGUCAUAGAAGAGUCAGGAGACUGUGUAUAUUAGAUGGUCAACUGACAUGUUCAGCCAAUAUACUGCUAAUGUGUAUGCAUCAUAAAUGUCCAUGUAAGCUCCAUGAUUGGUUAGGAGCGGCAGAAUAAGGAUAAAUUAUAUAUUACUAAAUUGAACUCCAUCCCAAAUUCCAUCUUAUGGGGGAACAUUUUCUCAAAUUGCUUAAUGUGUCUAAUGUUUGGGCUAUGGGCAGGAUGAAGACCUAAAUUUCCUAGGUUGGUGGUGAUCACU